CGCUUGUUCAGCCGCACUUCCCCUGACUCUACCCGAUCUGCUGCAGGCAUGGCUUCAGAUCGCCCGGCCAAUGACUCCUUAGAUCAGUCACUUCUGGACAGACUCAACGCCCUCAAGUCCACCAGUGUCACGCUUGAUACUACUAGCAACAAGCUUGGUCCACUCAACCCCGCUUCUACCACUACCAAUGACACUGCACCGGUGAAGCCUUCUUCGGCCAUUGGCUCUGCACCGUCGGUUUCAAAAGAUGAUGCUCUGACCGAGAGGUUGCGGGUGCUUCGUAAUGCAUCUUCAACAUCAGUGCCGUCGUCAGCUUCUCGAGGAAGCGGUCAGGCUCCUACCGCCUCGCCAAAGCCGGAACCAGAUGCACGGCGGAAAGGCCAUUAUAGUGCCCAGCCUCUUCCCAAACGAGGACAACAAACUCUAGUUUCACGAAACAGCAAUCAAAAAUCAUCUCAAGAUGAGGAUACAAAGACCCAGAUCCAAACGCAGAUACUAUCCUCAGCUUGGGGUCUAGAAGAAGUAGACGAUCAAGCUCUGGAUGAGCUUCUGGAAGGUCUACAAGAUGACCUAAACCUGCAAGAAGAUGUUCCUGCCGAGGAGGAGGAUGAGGAAGAAGACAUUGAUCUUCAUGCUAUUGCUAACAACAACAACUACGACGACGACGACGAUGGCAUAAUCGAAAACGACGAGCAAAAAGUCCAGAAACUUCUAUCGGAACUCGCUCCCAAGCCAAACAACAAUCCACUUGCAGACGACCACCACAACGACGAUGACACUAGCGACGACGAUGACAACUCGGACGGUGAAGCAAUGACCAAAGAAACCAACAGGAUCCUCAACCAAGUCCAGGACGAAAUCAACCUGAGCGGCCGCCGCCCUACCGACGAUGACAACGACGACGACGACCCCUUCUCCCUCCCCUCCCCUCCUUCCGGAACCCGCACGCCCACAUUCACCACCACCUCCCCCAAAUCCCCCCUCACCCUCCCCACCGUCCCCUCCUCCUCCUCUACCCUCUUCCCUUCUCCUGCCUCCGGCAGCAACCAAGUAAUAGACGACAUCCCCUCCCUCACUGCCCGCCUCUCCCACCUGCGCUCCACCCCCAUCAAAACCGACGCCUUUGGCCUUCCCUCCGUGCCCACCACCACUUUAAUUCUUCCCGCCGAUUCAUCCUUUCAGUUUCCUCCUCCUCCCCCGCCUGCUUCUUUGAGCAGCACAAAGUACCAGACUAAAAGCACACGAGGAUGGUGGUUGGGUUGGGAGGAGGAGGAGGAGGAGGAGGAGGAGGAGGAGGAGGCUUUGGGGGUGGUAAAUCCAGGGUGUUAUGUGACGUGUUCGAUCUAUUCAGACGAGCGCGAGAGAGGUGGCGAUAAGAAGUGA